CGGCGCUCAUGCAGGGAGAGUGCGAGUGACCAUAUAUUUUGAACAUUGUGACCCGUCUGAGAUUCGCUUUUGAUAUACUGUCUGUAUCUCUUACACUCUGUUGGCUGCCAGUUUUAUAAAUUAAUAUGUCGGAAAGGGAUUUUGCGCCGCUAAAUGCCGCUUGCGUUCGAGCACUAAAUGACAAGUUGUACGAUAAACGAAAAGUCGCUGCCUUGGAAAUAGAGAAAAUGGUCAAGGAAUAUGUAGCAUCAAACAACACAGAACAGAUUAAAAAAUUGAUUUCUGUUUUAACCAAUGAAUUUGCCAUGUCACAUAAUCCUAAUGGCCGGAAAGGUGGUCUGAUUGGUCUGGCAGCCAGCGCUAUUGCAUUAGGGAAGGAGUCCUGUAAUUAUUUGGCUGAACUGAUACGUCCAGUAUUGGCAUGUUUCUUAGAUCCGGACAGUCGUGUGCGAUACUAUGCAUGUGAAGCCCUGUAUAAUAUUGUCAAAGUUGCCAGAGGAUGUGUGUUACCGUUCUUCAAUGAAGUAUUUGAUGGUCUCAGUAAGUUGGCGGCUGAUCCUGAUCUGAAUGUCAAGAAUGGUUCUGAAUUGCUAGAUAGAUUGAUGAAGGAUAUAGUAACAGAAUCAUUGUCUUUUGAUUUGGUUGCAUUCAUUCCACUACUGAGAGAAAGGAUUUACACAACAAAUUCAUUUGCCAGACAGUUUAUAGUGUCCUGGGUUACUGUAUUAGAUUCAGUACCCCAUAUUGAUAUGUUGGUCUUUCUACCUGAAAUUCUGGAUGGCAUGUUUCAUAUACUUGGUGAUCAGAGUAAAGAAAUUAGAAAAAUGUGUGAAUCUGCGCUUGCUGAGUUUCUGCUGGAAAUUAAAAAGUCUCCAAACAGUGUAGAUUUUGCUGCCAUGGUUAAUAUUUUGACAACCCAUUCUCAGUCACAAGAUGCUUUGAUACAGUUUACAGCUAUCACAUGGUUGAAGGAGUUCUUAACAAUUGCCGGUAGGACUAUGUUACCGUACUCGUCAGGACUUCUCACUGCCAUAUUGCCAUGUGUUGCUUAUGAAGAUGAUAAAAAGAAUGUAAAAGAAGUUGCCAAGACAGUGAAUCAAACACUAAUGAGACUAAUAACACCAGAUGAUGAUAAAGACACUGAAGACAGCACAAGUACAAGUCACCAUCAAGUUUAUGUGAAAUUAGAGUUGGCACCAAUGGUGGACGUGUUAACAAGGCAUUUAUUACAUACAUCAAUGCAAACUAGGAUGGCAGUCUUGAAAUGGAUUUAUCAUUUACAUAUAAAAACUCCAAAUAAGAUUUUUAAUCAUGUUGAAGAAUUGUUCCCUGUUCUGUUGAAAACAUUAUCUGAUACUUCAGAUGAGGUUGUUCUGCUGGAUAUAGAAGUAUUGGCAGAGAUUGCAUCAUCAACUGCUGGUGCCGGCAAGGACUGCAAAGAUGUGGGUGGUUCCAGCGUGGAACCAGUGCCAGGAAUGAAUGUAUACUUCACAAAAUUCAUGGUGAAUUUAAUGAAAUUAUUCAGUACUGACAAACAUUUACUAGAAGAUAGAGGAUCUUUUAUUAUCAGGCAGCUGUGUUUACUUUUGAAUUCUGAAGAUAUUUAUAAAGCUUUAUCUGAAAUUUUAAUACAUGAGGAAGAAUUGAAGUUUGCCUCCAGUAUGGUCCAGACAUUGAACAGUAUACUGUUGACAUCUACAGAGUUAUUGGAUUUGAGAUUACAAUUAAAGGAUUUGAAAACCAAAGAAAGCUGUGCGUUAUUCAGCUGUUUAUACAAGUCUUGGUGUCACAGUCCUGUAGCUACCGUGUCGCUGUGCUUUCUUACACAGAAUUACAAACAUGCAUGUGAUCUGCUUCACCUAUUCGGUGACUUAGAAGUAACGGUUGUUUUCUUAACAGAGAUUGAUAAAUUAGUGCAAUUAAUAGAGUCCCCUAUUUUUACAUAUCUGCGGUUACAGCUCCUAGACGUGGAGCAUAAUCAAUAUUUAGUUAAAAGUCUGUAUGGUUUAUUAAUGUUAUUACCUCAGAGCUCAGCAUUUACAAUGUUACGGCAUCGUUUAGAUUGUGUUCCCAAUUACCAGGUUUUACCCAAAGAUGACAGACCAACAAAGUCACCAGAAGACAGACCUUACUUAAAGACCAUAAAUUUCAACGAACUUUUAGAGCAUUUCAUCAAAAUUCAACAUGACCAUGCAAAGGCGAAAAGACCACGCGCUAGAAACGUUGAAGAAUAUGUCAGGAAAUUAGAUUUUUAA